UAAAAAGAGGGAGCCGUGAAAGUCAAGGCGCUGCCGCCGCGCGUCCUUGCUUCCUCCCUCGCUUUGCUGCCUCAUCCUGGUCCUGUCCGGAAAAGAAAGGGAAGAGAGAACUUCUUCCUGGCCCUGCCCGGAAAGCCCACGCCUUGUCACGCAUGGACCCGGCCGAUCGCGGGAGAAAGAGGACCCACUAAAGGAAGAAACGCGGAGAGAGAGAGAGAUCCAAGGCGCCCAACGAGCUGCAGGCUGCAACUCAAGAACUUGUCACCAUUGGACUUGCAUGUGAAAACUGAUCUGGUGAAAAGGAAUCUAAAGCCAUCAUCAUGGAAUUUGUAAUGAAGCAGGCUUUAGGAGGGGCUACCAAAGACAUGGGGAAGAUGCUUGGAGGAGAAGAAGAGAAGGACCCAGAUGCUGCCAAGAAGGAAGAAGAACGACAGGAAGCCCUUCGACAGCAGGAAGAAGAGAGGAAAGCAAAAUAUGCCAAGAUGGAGGCUGAAAGGGAGAACGUGAGGCAAGGGAUUCGGGACAAGUAUGGCAUUAAGAAGAAGGAGGAAAGGGAAGCUGAGGCCCAAGCAGCUCUGGAAGCCAACGCCGAGGGAAGCCUGACACGUCCAAAGAAGGCCAUUCCUCCUGGCUGUGGUGAUGAGGAGGAAGACGAGGAGGAAAGCAUUCUAGACACCGUCAUCAAAUACCUGCCUGGUCCACUCCAGGACAUGUUUAAGAACUGAGGAAUCCAAGGGAUGGAAGGACUGUACACACCUGUACUUUAUAAAUAAGCAUCUAAUGCCUCCGAAUCUUCUAGGCAAGUGUCCUGUAGCUUUGAGAAGAGCCAUAACAAGGAAUGAGCAAGGACAGAAGUUUAGUCUAAAGACGUCUAUUUUUCCCUUCUGAAAUUAAUGAAAGCCUGCCAAGUUCUUUUCUCCAAUCCUAUAAGCACCCAGGUUUGCUUGCAGGUUCCAAUUGUGUGCCAUCAAAUCAAUUCUGUGGAAGCGCUCACUUUUUAUGGCCUACCAGGAUUUAAGCGGCCAAGGCAGAAAUAUAGAAACCAUGCAACCUUUGAUAUAGUUGAUAUCCUUUUUCUGGAUUUUUUUUUGUCAGAAAGCAAGCAAGUCUCUUUUACUGGUGGAGAUGGCUAGAAAACAAUUUGAGUAGUAGCAUUCCAGCCAAUUUUUCAUGCAGAAGCAAAUGUGAUCCAAAGAAAAAGGCAUUUGCCAGUUAAAUAUUCAGUAAAAUUUAAAUCACCAGAUAAAAUGAAUAGGUAAAUGAAAUUAUAUUAAAUAUGUUAGACCACUUGCAUUCAGGUUUUGGAUGAUUUGUAUUGACUGCCCCACAAAAUUGUAUCCUUGCGUUCCCUAUCAUGAAAUUUGUGGGUGGGACUCCAUGUUCAAUAAUCCUGACUUUGGGACCUACAUUUCACCUGAAAGAGCUAAAUUUAAGGCAUGGACAUAGGACACCUAGCAAAAUCAGGGGAGAUCCAUAAUUCAUUGCUUUGAAAAGAAUUCCAGGUUCAUCUCCUGGUACUCUUAAUGAAAUAGAUGAUUAUCUGUUGCUAAUCAUGAUGGAAGUAUUUGGUUGGAUCAGUUAACAUAGGGUUCUCUGUGCUAUUUCCCUUCCUCUCUAGUGAGGAUGUUUGAAAUUAUUUCUGAGCAUUUGGAAACUGUAAUGAGGAGAAUCCCAAGUACAUGAAAAACUUCACAGUUUGAGACUUAUUCUGUGCGCAAAAAGCACACUGGUGGCAUUUUUUGCACAGAAAAUGCGAUGCAUCGAUUUGCACAGGUAGUUCCUGAUCAGUGAAUAGUCUUCAAAAACAACAUAGUUUUUGACAAUGUUCCCACAGUGGGGAGAAAAAUACUUUUGAGAAAGAAAUGUACAAAAAUUUGCAUCACUGGUCUCUAGAUUCUUUCAAUCAAGGCUAGACCCACUCCUUUGUAGAUACUACAACCACAUGGGUUUCAUUCCUGUGCCAGACUUAGGAAUACUUUGCUAGAAAUAUGGGUUCACCAUUGGUUGUUCAUUUGUCGCUCUCCCGCACCAAAUGCUGGAAGCUGUAUUGAAACCCUUGAUCAGCAACACAAAAUGAUAUAUCUCUUUGUUGCGGAUUUAGAUAUUUUGCUGUUACCUAUCAUACCCAACCAUAUCCCAGCCAGGCGGGAGAAUUUUUGAACUGAUUUUUUUUAAUCAUUGCAUCAUUUAAAAAAAUUGUAUACAUGCUACAGAAAAUGUUUCCAUAUUCAUUUUCUCCACCGCAUACUUGAGUGUGGUGGUUUGAUAUUCAGAUGUUUCCCCAACUAUAGUCUGAAUUGGAACAGUUUACAAUGGGUAUUUCAUGCACAAUGGCAGACAGCACAGAAGAAAUCUGAUUUAGCUUAUCUAAUGGGAAAGCUUACUAAACUUAUUCCAAGGCAGCAUUUCAGUUACUUGAAUGGUCAAAUGUUCCACACUGGUCUUCCUGAUCUCAGUAGAGAAAAGCCUAAUAGGAAAUCAUUUUAGCCAAUGAGAAGUUUUAUUGAGCAAUGGCACAACUAAGUAAAAAAUGCCAAGCCAUCUUUAUUCUGAUUUUUUUUUCCAAUUCGCUGUUAUUCAUCUUUUCUGUAUGAAUGUGAUGCCAGAUUUUUCACUCAGCUCCCAGAGCAGGGGAAGCAGCAGAUAGGAGAUCAUUGCAUUGCUGCUUUCUCAUUUGGCAAUUUAUAUGUACCCUUUGCACCAGGACGGAUAAAACACAAAUAUCAUUUACUAUUUUGAGCUGAACACAUUCCCUCUAUUAUACUAAAUAAUUACUUUCAAGGAUAUUCAAUAUCUAAGCAGAACAACUCAAUUAUUAACUGCAAUCUGGAGGCAGUAUUGGAUUUCUGUAAAAGAAAUUUCCUUGGUUCCCACUGUUUGAUCUCCAUCCAGUAAAUCUUUGUUAUGGUGAAUCCAUGAUCUGACAAUAUUCAUAGGUAUGACUUCUGGAUAACUUCUCUUUCUAUUUAUCUGUUUCGUCACUCUCUCAUAAAAUAUAUUCCUCAUUUGAAGGUUCAAACACAAUCAUGAUGUGUGCAAAUAUCAUUAUGAAAACACAUAGGGCUGUUUUAAAGACAGAAUUCUAAACUUCAGUUUGGAAAUUUACUUUUGGACUAUAACUCCUCCAAUCCUCCAGUCAACAUGGUCUUAACCAUAAUGACUGGAGAUUCUUGGAAUUGUGCACUUUCCAAAUUUAAGUUCAAACAACCACAAUUACACUACAAAUAUAGAAAAUAAAAGACUAGCAGAUUAUAAGUUUCACAUUUAUUUAGGGAGGGAAGGAAUAAUUGAGCAUAUUUGUGAAAACGGCUUUUAAAAUAGUCUUAGGAAACAAAGAAUUCUGGAUGAAUGAAAAUCUUCACUGUUCGGGACUUUUCUGUGCAAAACUGACAACUAUUUUUGCCUUGUUCAGAAAUAGCUUUAUAAUAUAUCCAUAUAAAAAUAUCUUUCCUGUGCAGAAAACGUGGGUUUAAAAAAAAUCUCACUUUUUUGCAAAAUAAAUCUUAAAUUGUAAAUAGUCUGAAAAUUACAUAGUUUUCGAAUUUUUCUCCCAGUAGGAAGAAAAUUGCUAAAAUUACAUAAUCAUUCCUUCAAGAACAAAAUUGUUGAAAAAUUAUGUCCAUAUAAAGAUGAUGCCAUGAAGAUGAUAUUGAGAAGACCCUAUUCCAUUUUCAAUUGACGGGAAGGCCUUAUUUAAAAACUUAUAUGUUCCUUUAUCUGAGAAUGGAAGUCUAUAUUGUGUCAUUAUCUAUAAUCACGGUAUCUAAUGUUUUAUUUAAAUAUUAAUUUGAUACUUUCCUUACAAUUUUACGAUAAGGACCAGUGCAAAUAACCAUUAUGAAGUGCAAAUUCAGUUUAUCUGCAGUCAAGCUUUGUCUGCAGUCAAGCUUUGUGUUCCAAGGCAGAGCAAUGUUUUUUUAACCCACAAUGAGUAGUGAACAAUUACAUUCAUGAUAGACUAAAAAGCAAAUGGUUCAUUGCAGAACAAUUGGGUUAUUAAUUCAAAACAUAUUCAACAACACCUUCCAUUCUGCAUUUUGGUCAAGUUAAACUUGCUUUGACUGGAAAUGGAAAAGGCAAGUGGAAUAUUCUAUCAUAGAUCUACUCCACAUAUCUUUGCACAUAUUUAGCUAUAUUGCAAAGGUGCUAAGGAAUCCUGUUAGUGGAUUUUAAUGAUAUGUAACAGGAUACCAACAAGACUGUCCCAAUGCACAUUGGACUCUGCUGAUGUGCAUUGGCACUCCCUAGCUAGUGUCCCAAUGUACAUUGGAUUUUGUUGUGUAUCUGGUCCCAUUACACUUUGAAUGCUGAUAGGCAUCAGCACCAUUGUGCAUUGAGCCUGGUCCUAUCUCCCCUAAGCAGGAAUAUAAGAGUAACUUACUGAAUAUGAACAUUGCGAACCUGCUUGACUGUCUUUACCACAGAUAGAAGUCCACUUACAAAGACUUAAUUCCCCAAGUGACGUCUGGACAGUGUCUCUGAACCAGUCAUUUAUUUGCUCUAUGGCACACUGAUGAUUCCUUCAAAAGUCUCAGAGCAUUAACAAAGCCAUAAAUUUCAAUUGUUAUUUUUAUUUUAAAACAGAGAAAGGAAGGUGUGAUAUUCUGCUAGAAUGAAUAGGAAUGAAGGAAUCGGUGGGCAAGUGUUUUAAUCACAAAUUAUAUUUCCGUUAGUGAACUGGAAAACAGCUGUACAUUCAGUGAAAUCAGAUGGCUUCAUUCUUCCUGGGAAGUUCUGCAUCAGUACAGUGAUUCUCAGACGGGGGGCCCCCAGAAGUUUUGGCCUUCAACUCCCAGAAAUCGUAACAGCUGGUAAACUGGCUGGGGUUUCUGGGAGUUGUGGGCCAAAAUACCCAAGGACCCACAGGUUGAGAACCACUGAGUUAGAAGGUAGUCUCAUUUCUGUAACUUCUCUCAUGUUAACUCUUUGCAAAAAGCUAGCAUAUCAAAGAGAAAGUUUUUAACUUGAGCAUCUUCCUGGUGUGCUACUUUUUAGCAUGUAAAGUAAUAUUUAUUACACAUAGUAGUGCAUUUUAUUGAUUAGCCCAUCAGCCGUAUCAAAACAUUUGACAAACAGAUUAUUUAUUAUAAAAAGAAAGCUUUUCAAAAACACUACUUUUCUGCCACCUCAAAUCGGAACUGGGUGUCCCGACCAAAAAUUGAAUUUGUCCCAGUAUUUUGCUAAAUCUGAAGGUUAGCUCAGAAUUAUGCACCUGAAGCAACGUCAGGUUCUGAAGGGUGGUUCCCUCCAAAGUGCCUAACUGCUGUGAAAAUAGUCACAAUGGCACUUCCCCCCACAGAAAUCAAAUCUCAGCACAACUCCUCAAAUGUCAGCUUAUAAUCCAUAUGAAUAUGGAGGCCACUAUAAAAACACCAACACCCUGCACUCAGUCGGUUGAUGCACAUAUACCAAGACCAAAGAGAAGUGUGGUUCUUUGCUUGGAUUCUGAAUAUCUCUGUCCUUCCACAACAUUUUUUUUUAAAAAAAUUGCAUUACAAUAUGUUCAAUCUCAGGUAUAUUUCUUUUUUUAAACAAAAUCAAGUUGUAUGGGUACAGAAACAACAGGCAGUCCCCCAUUGCUGCACGCUAGCCCCUCCUUCCCAGUUGUUCUGUUUAAUUUUUUUAAGUAAGCAAUGAUAUAAAGCAGUAUUAUUCAAAAGGCCUUCACUUUUGAAGGAAGCCAAGUGAUUGAUCUAGUUUGGCAUUCAGCUUCAUGAACUUGCAUAUAUCCUUAGAGAAAGCCAUAUGAAAUCAGACUGCAAUAUAAAAUCAUGAAUGCUAUUCUGUGUUUUUUAAAAAACAAACUAACUUUAGAUUGUGUGCUAAUAAAUCACCUUGGCAUUUCUCUUGUCUCUAUGUUUCUGGUACAAUAUGUUAGUUUAGUUUCCAUCCACCCUGUCCUUUUACUAAAAACCAACAUACCAAUGACGUUCAAUACAUCUUUCAAACAGGCUCUUAGAACACUAGAAUCAAUCGUUGUGAGGAAUCUGUUGUUGUGAUCUGAAUGUAAUGUCCUAUGUAUAUCUGAUCCCGUUACCUGUAUCCGUUUAAUUCCGUGUUAACCAAGGUUCUGGUUAUAUGUGCUCAGUCGGCAACAUCUUUCAGUAAACGUCUUUUUAAACAACGCUUGUUUUCACACUCGCAUAAUAAAUUUUAAAAAAGCAGAAUGCUAACUAGGUGGGCAUUUUCUAAUACGCAAAAAUAAAUAAAUACAAAUGCUCCUUUUUCUUCUCUAAAAUGCAUGCGGCACCUUCCAGAGCAGCCAGAAGGUGACUUCAAGUAGAGACUUUGUGAAUGUAAAUUUUGUUUGUAACUUGCCUGCUACCUUUUCCUGCAUGAUGUGGGUUCAAUGAUACAAUGUUCUUUUCAAAUGGAAUCACAGCCAAUAAACAACAACAACAAACAAAUAAAACAAAUGAUAACAAAAA